CUUAAAUUGUAAAGGAAGUAUACUGUAAUUUCUGUAAUUUGUAUUAAACAGAAAGACAUUUUCCAACUUUAGGUCAAAUAGACGCGAUAAUGAAACUCCUUGGCCGGUUGUUGCUCUCCAUUUGUCUGUUACUAGAUAUAUCCGAAUUAGGAGAAGCAAAUUCUUUAGUAUCAGCCGUCAAUGUAUCUUCUAACUCAGACGUCUGCCAGACAUACGGAUGCGUACAAGCAGCUGCUGCUAUCUUGUCCAACAUAGAUAAGACAGCCGAUCCUUGCGAAGACUUCUACCAGUUCGCUUGUGGCAAUUGGUUGAAUGGAACUGCCAUUCCUGAGGACAAAUCAUUCAUUUCCAUAGAUUCCAAAAUCGAAGAUGAGCGUGACGACACUAUCAGAGUUCUAUUAGAAAAGGAGUUGACGGGAACCGAACCAGAUUUCAUUAUCAAAAUAAAAGCGUUGUAUGAUUCAUGCAUGGACAACGAAAGAAGAGAAGUGGAGGGCAUUGAACCUUUAAAGAAAGCUCUAAAAAACCUCGGCGGAUGGCCGGUGGUGGAAGGAGAAAACUGGAAUGAGACUUCGUUUGACUGGAUGAAUACUACCUUCCGACUUCGCGAGAUGGGCCAAAAUUAUGACACUCUUAUAACCUUAUUUAUUAACCAGGACAUAAGGAAUACAUCUACUAACACCAUAACAUUGGUCCACCCCGAUUUUGGUACACCAACUUAUAAAAAUCUGCUUGGUUUACCAAGCAAUUCUAUAGCAGAUGCUUACUUCAGGCUGAUGGUCACAGCAGCUAAUUGGAUGGGUGCAAACCAAAGUACAUCGGAACAAGAACUCCGGGAUGCUUUCAAUUUUGAAAUCAUGCUUGCUAAUCUCACUUCACAAGAGACACAGUUUGACUUCAGUACUAUAUAUACUACCGUUGGGCAGCUGAUGAUUGAUGCGCCACAGAUUGACUGGCUUCGUUAUAUCAAUGGACUACUGAAUAUUGGAGUUGAUGAAAAUGUAACUUUGCUUAAUUUUAAUCCAGACUAUACCAUCAAGUUUGCUGAUUACAUCACAAAGGUCGACAAAAAGGUCGUGGCUAACUACAUGAUGUGGAGAGUUGUUCUAAAAUCAUUUCCUUACUUGUCGAGUAACUGGACCAUUCUAUCUCAGGAAUUUAUCUCAACGUCCACAGAGCAAGUAAAAGAAAAGCCACUUUGGAAAAAAUGUAUUUCUAAUGUCUUUAGCGAAAUGGAAAUGGUCCUGCAUUCUUACUAUGUGCGACAUUAUUUCAAAGAAGGAAGUAAGGAUGUGGCUUUAGAAUUGGUUAACUAUGUCCGUCAAGAGUUCUUGAACUUGCUAUCAAGCAAUGGAUGGUUGGAUGAAGAAACUAAGCAAAAGGCCAUGGAAAAGGCUUCGGCUAUGACAGCGUAUAUUGGAUACCCGCAAGAACUUCUGAAUGAUACUCUAGUCUCUGCUUUGUACGCAGACCUACAAAUUACCAACGGAAGUUAUUAUGACAACAUAAUGGAAUUGAACAAUAGAACAGUUAACAAGAAGAUCUCUUCUCUUUAUGAGCCUAACGUAAAAGAAAGUUGGACAGAGCACGCAAAGAAGGCAUCUAAUGUUAAAUCAUGCUAUAACAUAAUGCGAAAUAGCAUAGAUUUCCCCGCAGGAGUUUUCCAACUUCCAUAUUUUGAUAAGGAUCGACCUUACUAUCUGAAUUUUGGAGGAAUCGGUUUCAAGAUUGGUCAAGAAAUAACACAUGGAUUCGAUAAUUUAGGUUGGUCAUUUGAUAAGAAUGGCAAUUAUGUGAACUGGUCGGAUCCAGUAUCGGAUCAGCUUUUCAAAGAGAAAUCUCAGUGUUUUAAAGAGCAAUAUAUUAAUUACACUACUGAAUACUAUGAUAUGCCUAUGUACAGAAAUGCUGCAAAACUGGCACUAGGUGAAAAUAUAGCUGACAAUGGUGGUCUGAAAGCAGCUUACUUGGCCUAUCAGUCAUGGGCAAGAGUGAACGGUACAGAACCAUUGAUAGGAGGAUUGAAUUUUACACAAAAUCAGUUGUUUUGGAUUGGUGCAGCAAACACAUUGUGCGAGAAAUCCAGACAGGAAGCUUUAGCUACUUACAGAUUGACUUUUCCACGCGUUCCAGGGCAGUUUAGAGUGAUGGGAUCCAUGUCUAAUCUACCGCAGUUUGCCCGAGACUUUCAAUGCUCAGAAGGUACAAGAAUGAAUCCAGCAAACAAGUGCGAAGUUUGGUAAAAACGUCGCCUGAACUGGAUCAAGGUUUAGAAAGGCUUUUAUUGGUACAACUUACUCUUACUGCAAGUACGAAAACAUAGUGCAUUUGUGCUUGUAGUACCAGUAUCAGUAGAAUCUGAAACAUAUCAAAUAAAAUGUUUUAAGCUGUU